GAAGCAGUAAUGCAACUCUAGGCUGGUUUGCCAACCGCCAAUUAACAUUAAAGAAGAAGACUUUUGGCGCCGUCCACAUCCGGUCCACAUGCGCGCGAAAGUUUUGUAACAGCAAUGGCGUCUAAAGCAGGUCGUCGGGGGACGAAGCGCAAAGUGGAGGUUGAGCCAGAGGAGGAGCAACCAUCCGUGGAGGAGGAGAAAGACGGAGGAGAGGGGGAGGAAGGCCCUGCAGGCCAAAGGGUGGUCAUUGAACACUGUAAGAGCUGACGAGUGUACGGGCGUAAUGCUGAGGAGGUGAAAUCUGCCCUCCUGGCUGCCCACCCUGACCUGACUGUGGUCUUCAACCCUGAGAAACCCCGCAGGAACAGCUUCGAGAUCAAUCUGCUAGAUGGAGGCAAAGAAACAUCUCUGUGGACUGGAAUAAAGAAGGGUCCUCCUCGUAAACUGAAGUUUCCUCAACCUGAUGUUGUAGUUGCGGCUCUACAGGAGGCUCUGAAGGCCGAGUAGAUGCCCAGUGAAGUCAAGCGUUCAGGAGAUUUGGCCCGUGGAAGAAGAAUGAUGAGGAGUGACAAAUGGGAUGUUCUCAGUCCCUCCUCUGAUGAUCCAGGCUCCAUCAGCUCACAUCUUCUGGACACAUGGUGACACCUAGUGGAGCGUCUCUGAGCCAAUACAUCUCUCAGAUCCACAGUCCUGCUGUUUUGACUGUUUCCUUUUGUUAUUUCUCAACGGUUUAAUGUGCUUUUAAAUCUGUUUUUUCGGUAAAUAAAGUGUUUCUUGUUUUAUGAUUA